CAAAAAACCGUGAAAAUAAUUCGAACAUAAAAUGAAGUGAGAAAUGUGGCUCCAGAGUUCCAAACCCAACGGCGGAGCAGGACACAAGGCCCCUGCCCCCGCCAGCCGCGGCCUCGUCGCCAUCGCCGUUGACAAAGACAAAGGGAGCCAAUCUGCCCUCAAAUGGACCACCGAAAACCUCGUCUCCCGGGGCCAAACCCUCGUCCUCAUCCACGUCCUUCACAAGUCUUUCCAUGGUGCUGCCACAGCGGGUCAGGAUCGAAAGCAACAAAUUGAAAAACACACCAAAGAAUUGUUUGGUGUUUUUCAUGUCUUCUGCACGCGUAAAGAUAUACAAACCAUGGAUAUCAUUCUGGAAGACACAGAUGUAUCAAAAGCGUUGAUGCAAUACGUGUCUGGUGCCGCAAUCGAAAACCUAGUUCUCGGUGCAUCAAAGCAUGGAUUUCUCAAGAGGUUGAAGGUUAUGGACGUCCCAACCUGCGUUUCAAAAGGCGCGCCUGAUUUCUGCACUGUUUAUGUGAUUUCCAAGGCCAAAAUCUCGUCCGUACGAAACGCUUCUCGUCCGGCGCCGUUUAUGUCCCCACUCUACAACCAGAUAAACAAGAAGAACGAGGAACAGCAAGAAAACAGCCCACCCACCGUCGCCGCCCCCGUCGUCCCCAAAGUAAACGCCGCUGCUACUCCGGCAGUCACACGCCACAGACACACUCCUACUUUAAAAGACAAACUUGCAACAUUUGGAGAGAAGAACAAUCGCGCAUCUUUCAUGUACCACAGCGACAUGGAAAUACCAUUCAGGUCACCGUUUGAUAAAGCCGCAGGAAGAGGGAUCCAAGGGAAGCCGUUUUCAGACUUUCUGGACAACGACACUGAUAUAUCAUUUGUGAGCUCCGGCCGGCCUAGCACCGAUACUUCCUCUAUGUUCAAUGACGGAUUGGAUUCGGGCCGUACAUCUCGGGUUUCCACCAGCUCCGAAAGCAGCUUCGGGUCGGGCUUUGGAUCAAAGGCCAGCGAUACCAGCUCCUUCACUGAUAAUUGCUCAUCUUCCUCCUUUGAUGGCGACGAGGGUGAUGCUGAAAUGAAAAGGCUAAAGCAAGAGCUGCAGAAGAUGAUGGAUUUGUAUAGCACAGCAUGCAAAGAAGCUUUAACUGCAAAGCAGAAGGCGACUGAGCUCCAGCUAUGGCGAAUUGAGGAAGAAAAGCGAUUGGAAGAGACGCAACCAGAAGAUGACGUGUCGAAAGUGAGUUCAGAGAGUGGGAAGAGAAGUGGCAGUGAAGCGGAGGAGGUAGAGAAUGGGAGAUAUGAAUUUAGGUACAGGAGGUACACCAUUGAGGAAAUCGAAGAAGCUACCGAACGCUUUUCAGAGUCGAGAAAGAUUGGAGAAGGAGGGUAUGGGCCUGUGUUUAAAUGUAUUCUUGAUCACACGCCUGUAGCGGUCAAGGUGCUGCGCCCUGACGCUGCUCAGGGCAUGUCCCAAUUUCAUAAAGAGAUACAAGUGCUGAGUUGCCUUCGCCAUCCCAACAUGGUGUUGCUGCUUGGAGCUUGCCCGGAGUACGGCUGUCUGGUGUACGAUUACAUGGCGAACGGGAGCUUAGAGGAGCGGCUCUUGAAACGGGGAGACAAGUCGCCGCUAUCCUGGCAACUCCGGUUCCGGAUCGCGGCGGAGGUCGGGACCGGACUACUAUUCCUGCACCAGACGAAGCCGGAGCCGGUGGUUCACCGGGAUCUGAAGCCGGGCAAUAUCCUGCUCGACGACUACUUCGUGAGCAAGAUCAGCGACGUGGGGCUGGCGCGGCUUGUGCCGCCGUCUGUAGCCGAUGACGUCACUCAGCUGCGGAUGACGUCAGCGGCCGGAACUUUCUGUUACAUCGACCCGGAGUAUCAGCAGACGGGGAUGCUGGGAGUGAAAUCCGACGUGUAUUCCUUCGGGAUUGUGCUUCUGCAAUUGCUGACGGCGAAGCCGGCGAUGGGGAUCGCUCAUCACACGUGCGACGCCUUGGAGAAGGGGAAAUUCGUGGAAAUGCUUGACCCCUCCGUCACGAAUUGGCCGGUCGAGGAGGCUUUAACCAUGGGAAAGCUCGCCCUGCAAUGUGCACAGCUGAGGAGAAAGGAACGGCCGGAUUUGGGGAAGGAGGUCAUGCCGGAGCUCCUCCGGCUGAAAGAAUUAGCCGAUUAGAGUAUUAGUCAACUCAUGAUGGUUGGCAACGGUGCUAAUUGAAAAUUGAAAUUGAUACACCACCACUAACAUUUAGGUAUAUUUCAAGAACCAAAAUCAGUGUUGUACGUGUUCUGUCUUAACUAAAAGAUUAAAUUCAGAAUGACAUCUAAAAGUCAUCAUCAUUUCACUUUAGUUAUGUAUAU